AUGGCCUUCUCACCGGCUUAUGGAAAACCACUCCCAUCGAUUGGCCCGGACUCGAACAGAGCGCUGGAACAGCCGCCCGCCGCCGGCAGCUCUGGGCAUGUUGAGCCUAAGGAGAAUAGGGAUCCCGAGGUCUUGAUGAACCACGGUGGUGGAAUCGGACCCGAUGACGCAGGUCUGGGUUCGACGGUCGUUUCAGGCCUUGGGGAAGAGACAAGGACGGUUACGUCCGAUGUGCACAAGCCAGCAGUUGGGAACUCCGCGAACGCGUCAAGCUCUCCAUCCAAUGCCAUCGAUUCUCGAGCUGGCAGUUCGGUCCAGGGAGAGUUGGCUUCUAACAACGGAAUGGAAGCCAGCACUGCGACCGAUGGGUCGAAUCCGGACGUUUCACACACUCGCGGGGGCUCCGAAGGAUCCUCCAACUCGGUGUCGUCUGCCAAUGGCCAAUCCGGUGACGCCUCCGGCGACCCAAUCUGCAAGGGGUCCGAAUUGCAGUGCACGUCGACAGUGGGUGGCGUAACCCCGUUCGGCUGCGUUCUCGACGAGACGUUGGGAUGCGUUUUGUCAUACGAACCCUUCUGGUCGGUGUCGCUGGACCGCACUUACCACAAGGACUUUGCUCCGCUCUGCGCACCUUAUGCUCAGAAAUGCGCCGCGGUCGGCUCAUCAAGACCUUCCAUCUGCGCUUGGGAUACCAUUUACAACUGCUACAUGCCUCGCGACGUCUGGAGGCCUCUCGUUGCGCCUAACCCUUCCCCGACAGAGGGUCCAGGUCCGAGCAUAAGUGCGGCUACCCCUUCACCGACAGAUGGUCCAGAUCCGAGCAUAGGUGCGCCAUCGGCCACCGGGGGGAACACAGACAAGGACCCCGCACGGGGGGGCACGGCUACACUCACCACGACCGCUAUCCCUCGCCAGACCCGUGCACCGGGCGGCUCACACGACGUAUACUACCGUGACGGAAGCCGAGCGUCUACGCCGUGCCGGUUAAGCGAUAGCACUACUCCGGAAGACUUUACUACUGGGAUAGCGCGGCAGCACAAUGGGGUGCACUCGGCUCUCAACCGCUCAGUGCGGCCACAACUGCCUUGCUAA